AUGGGUUUCGUGACCCAUGCGGGUUCAACUGCUCAAAAUGAGCACAAAAAGCGGGCAUGUAUCCCACCCACCGCCGCAUCCCUUGCAGAAGCCAAAGCCGCUGUUCGCCACACCCUAUCACAGGGCAAGGCUGGCCCCCCGUUUUGCACCCAACACCUGUCCGUCAACUCCCCUUACCACGCAGACUGCACAAACAACAACAUGGGAGGACAACAUCGCGAUGAGGAGCACACAGUACAAGGACACAGGAUGACAACACUACGAGGAUAUGUGGAACAGCGACGUGGGAUGAUGACAAUGAGGACACAGGACAACUACAACCCGAUGAAGAGUCACAAACAACUCGGUGAAGAUGCGACGACGAGGACAUGGUACAACGACGGGACAAGGACGCUGUGGAAUGACGACACCGACCAUUAUCAUUAA